GGUGGCGUUUUGUAGGAACUUGUAACCUGGCUCGCAGCGUUGCGUGAAGGACCUCGCGCGCGCUCUCCUCUACUGCUUGGUCGUCUCGUUGCCCCGGCCGAACAUCCAAGCCUCUCCAUGUCUGGCCCUUCGAAGAAGCAGCGCGGCAUGCCGGCACUGGGGUGCUGGCUCAUGGCUGUCGGCACCUUCCGCUUGGCCUUCACCUGGUCGUGCUUCUUCGGCUCCGGGUCGCUCUGCUCAGCCACCUACUCCGAGAUACAGGUGAUCGGCGUGCAUGGGCGCACGGUUGCGGUGUGGACGCUGCUGUCGUGCACCCUCUGCUUCCUGUGCGCCUUCAACCUCACCAGCAAGCCGCUGUACGCGGCCACCUUCCUGUCCUUCGUCUACGCCUUCGGGUACCUGAGCACCGAGUGCAUGGUGUACCACACCAUGAGUGCAGCUAGUCUCGUCCCGUUCACCUUCAUCGCUGUCACAUCCAUGGUCUGGAUGCUGAUUCAAUGGAACUCGGAUGGUCACGGCCCCCGUCUUCUUCAUGGGUCUACUGCUUCCAAGCAGCCAUGACUUCGCAGGUUCUCUCACCUAUGGCUUCCUUCAACUACAUACGGUUCAGUGCAUGCAAGCACCAUGGAAUUAUGGAAUAUCUGUAAUCUUUUGUAAUAAUCGUUUCUAUGUCCCGCAGGCUAGUGAAUGAAACUAGCAAGCUAUCAUCUGUGAUAAAUUUGUAAUUUUACCACUCUCAAUUUCGGUUUCCUGUUAUUAUAUCA